GCUUAUUAGUGCUCCCUGUCUGCCGGAUCGCAUUGUGCUCUGCUGAUUCAGUGCCUUACGCAUCGCUCCUCAACGCCACCGGCACAAACCGCACCGCCUGAACCCUUCACCCCAAUCACCACAAUGGACAAGAUCGCCGUCGCAUACAAAGAAAAGAUGAAGGAGCUGCCCGUGCUCUCAUUCAUAUGCUCCUGUUUUAACCCACGGGCACAGAAAAACCUGGACGCCAAGAAAGAGUUCAUGUCCCGUGAUUGUCAUGCAGACAUGGAAGUAAAGCCCAUAAACAAACGGGCCUCGGGUCAGGCGUUUGAGGUGAUCCUGAAGCCCCCCACUCCAGUGUCAGAUGUGGCACAAAGUAUCGGAUCCCUCGCCAAGAAAAGGGACAUCUCUCUGGAUGACAUUCAGAAGAAACUCGAGGCUGCUGAAGACCGCAGGAAAUCUCAAGAGGCCCAGGUACUGAAAGCUCUGGCUCAGAAACGGGAGCACGAGCGGGAGGUGCUGUUUAAAGCCAUGGAGGAGAACAACAACUUCAGCAGGAUGGCUGAAGAAAAGCUUAUUUUGAAAAUGGAGCAAAACACGGAGAACCGCAGGGCUUACCUGGCGGCCAUGUUGGAGCGCCUGCAUGAGAAGGAUGAACAUGCUGCUGUGGUCCGCAGAAACAAGGAGCUGAGAGAGGAGCUCACAGCAUAAAGACCAAUUUUCAAUUUUCCUCACACUGCUCAUCAGCUCACUUAUCCUCCUCUUACACACACACACACACACAAACACGCACACAGUCAAUACUUAUCUAGCAAGUAACACUCUCCUAUACCGUUUAAAUGGUCUUGCUUGAUUUCAUAGAUUAUGACAGAUUAUUUUGUAAAUAUAUCAUAGAAACUUUUAGAUUAAGCAACAACACAAGUCAAAUGUAUCAAACUUAUCACGACACAGUAUCGCUAUUAAUUUAUGUAUCUGAUUCUUUUUUUUUUUUAACUCUAAUUGUUUUUUUGGAUUAGAGUUAUCAUGUGUUUAUUUAUUUGUUUGCAAGGUUCUGGAAUAAAAAUGUCAUUGUGAGGAAUGGAACGCUGGGACACUCCCAGCAUACACACACACACAUACACACACACACACACACACACACACACACACACACACACACACAGAUAUACGACAAACCUUACAGUGUAUUUAUGCUUAUAUACAAUAUAAUCAUGACAUUGCACUUCUUCCAUCUACUGAAUGAAACCAUCUUGUUCAAGCUUAACACAUUCUUCAGCAGCACAUUGACACUCUGAGCCAACCUCUGGAGUUAAAUCUGUAGUCGUGCCCUUUUUAUAUUCCUCAUCAGAGCAUGUUUUUUCUCGCUCGCUUUGACUUUAACUAAUGUUGGCACAGGCUACCAUUUUCUGAACGAAUUUUCCGACAGUACACUUCAUCAUCUCAAAUGCCGCCAUUGUUCCGCCAUAUAUUCUGCUAUUCACUAAUGUUAAAACCUUUGUCUGGUCAAAUCUCAUCCUCCUAACUUCGGCCAUUGAGGAGGAAUGGCUAAUUGGUUGUGUGAAUCCGAAUGAGUGUUUGUUUGUGUGUGCGUGUAUGUGUGUGUGUGUGUGUGUGUGUGUUGAUGGUACGGUGGCUAAGCUUCUGUGACCGUUCUCUUUGGAAGAAAUGUAUGAGAUGGAAACAGAAUAUGCAUUGAAUGUUUUUUUUUCUCUCUCUCUCUCUCUCUUUUUUAACUUAAUUUAUUUUCAUGGUUUCCUCUCGAAAUAUGCCUGCCUGCAUCUUCUGCUGCGUAAACUGUGUUUUUCCCUCAUUUCUCUGUGUGCAUAAUUUGGUGAAUAAAGAUUUGGGAUUCUGUGAA